UAUAAACAGUUAUAUAUUGUUGAUUUUAAUUCAAUACUACGCCAAUAACAUAAGAUAGAUUAACAUCGAGAUAAUUUAAAACCUCGAUUCAAGUCUUAGCCGGCCGACGUGUUGCUCCAUUUAGGAAAUGUGAUGAUAUAUAAUUCUCCGAGAGUGUGUGAACGUGUAUAAUUGAGAUAUAAAAUAUAUUUGUCAUUCUAUUAUAUUUUUUUUAUACUUCUAUGCGAUUAAUCACGCGUAUUUCGAGUAUAUUUUCUUUUUGAAAUUUGAGAUACUGAAACAUGGCAGCACAAUUUUUCAAUCGAUUGGGUCAGCUUGGUCUGGGCAUAGCAUUGACAGGUGGUGUCGUUAACUCUGCAUUAUACAACGUCGAUGGUGGUAAUCGAGCAGUUAUAUUUGACAGAUUUGCUGGUAUAAAGAAUGUUGUGAUAGGAGAAGGAACACACUUUUUUAUCCCCUGGGUGCAAAAGCCAAUUAUAUUUGAUAUUCGUUCGCGACCGAGGAAUGUUCCAGUCAUUACUGGAAGCAAGGAUCUACAGAAUGUAAAUAUCACUCUUCGUAUUCUCUUCAGACCAGUUCCGGACUCUUUGCCUAAGAUAUAUACAAUCCUUGGUGUGGAUUACGAUGAAAGGGUACUGCCGUCUAUAACCACAGAAGUAUUAAAAGCUGUUGUCGCACAAUUUGAUGCUGGUGAAUUAAUUACAAAUAGAGAAAUCGUAUCUCAAAAGGUCAGCGAUGAUCUAACAGAGAGAGCUGCGCAGUUUGGCCUUAUUCUAGAUGAUAUUUCCAUUACACAUUUGACAUUUGGCAAAGAGUUUACUCAGGCGGUAGAAUUGAAGCAAGUGGCACAACAGGAUGCCGAGAAGGCUCGUUUCUUAGUAGAAAAGGCGGAACAACAGAAGAAAGCAGCUGUUAUUAGUGCCGAGGGUGAUGCUCAGGCUGCGAGCUUAUUAGCGAAAUCUCUGACCGAGGCGGGAGACGGUCUGGUCGAGCUGAGAAAAAUAGAAGCAGCGGAAGACAUUGCGUACAAUAUGUCCAAGUCUCGUCAAGUAGCAUAUUUGCCAUCAGGUUUAAAUGUGCUGCUUAAUUUACCGCAGUAAUAUUAAUGAAUUGGAACAUCGUGUGUUUACAUGAAUUGUGCAUUUACAUCAUGAGAGGUUUGAUGCUGUAAUAGAGUGUAAAAAAAGAGAAAGCAUAGUAUAUAUAACAAAAACUUCCUCAAAAGUGUUGCAUAGCAAGAAUAUAUAAUGUUUCUUAACAUUAUGUUUUAAUUCAUGAAA